AUGCAGCCAGCAGGACAGUUUCUACGAGAGUACAAGCUAGUUGUUGUCGGUGGCGGAGGUGAGCACACACUGCACAACGCCUUUCCGUUUGUCCUAGCUUACAUUCCCAAUCGGCGGCCUUGCGAUGAAGGUGUUGGCAAGUCGGCGCUUACAAUUCGGUUUAUCCAAGGACAAUUCGUCGAUGAGUACGAUCCGACGAUCGAAGACUCUUACAGAAAACAAACACUGAUAGAUGAUGAAGUCGCUUUGCUCGAUGUAUUGGAUACUGCUGGGCAGGAGGAAUACAGUGCGAUGCGAGAACAGUACAUGCGUUCAGGGGAAGGGUUCAUGCUCGUAUACUCGAUCACGGACAGGAACUCGUUCGCAGAGAUGGAUCAAUUCUACCACCAGAUCUUACGGGUGAAAGACCGCGACUACGUGCCUCUUGUGCUCUUAGGAAACAAGGUGGACUUGGAGGACGAGGAUAGGCGGGUCAACUGUGCAGAGGGCGACAAUUUGGCGAGGCAUUUCGGUUGCCAGUUCUUCGAGACGUCAGCUAAACUGCGAAUAAACGUGGACGAGGCGUUUAUCGGACUAGUACGUGAGAUCCGACGGGUUAACAGGUUGCAACAGAUGGGGCUGAGAGGUGGAUAUGAGAAAGGGGGUUACCAACCAAAUGAGCAAGGAGAUGUGAAUACGGGAUGUUGCGGGAGCUGCGCAGGUUGUGUCAUCGUUUAA